CAACGCCCAAAGGUGGUUGCAAACAUCAAGAAAAAAAUAAUUGACUGACGCUCCGAGCAAAUCACAACCUCGAACAUUUUUAACCAACUGCACACUUUUGGCCUGCACAGUAUUGCCUGCGAUCUGCUACUCAAUUGUAUACGACUAUAAUUACAGCAGCAGAAACUUCAUAAUCUAUCCAGACUCGCCUCGGUUUCCCAGCUACAGCAACAGCAAUCAUGAAAAUUACAGAAGCUCAAUCCGCUGUCCUCAGCAAUUACGAGGUGUACCAGCACCUGGUAGACCAACGAGACCAAUACAAGAAGAUUAAGCGAAGAGGACCUCCUAAUUUGGAGACGGUUGUUAGCGAGCUUCUGCAAUACAUGCGCAGUAAACCAAACCCUCUUAGCCAGAAGCCCAUCACCUACAACGCCGAAUGUGUGUCGUCACUAGUUCAACAGCUGCGGCCAUACGACUUGUCCAAGGGCGAGGUCGUCAUGAUUCUCAACCUCCGCCCGUCGUCUGUUGUCGCGCUCAACACCGUCCUCGAGGACAUGUCCGAUCGAUAUACCGAGGAACAGCAGGAAGAAAUGGUCCAGAUCAUCCUAGAGGUGUUGGGCGAGCCUGAAUCAGGAGCUGCUGGGGGACAAGAGGAGGGUGAUGUCUCCAUGGCAGAUGCUGCGUGAAGUGUCGGAUUGUACCAAGAAUACAGCCAACAUCACCAGCCAGCUCCGCCUGGAUAUGGCUUCGAUAAACAAAAGGUCUCUCGUACACCCAAAUCACAUCAGUGUACAGCCGCCUUCACUCUGCCCACCAGCUGCUGUGAUCGUUGCGGUGGCUGUUUUGCAGAUAUCUUCAAACGCCGCCUUGAGAAGCUCGCCCGAACGUGCUGAGCACUCUACAUAUCGAUCUGCCCGCAGCUCUUGGGCCAUCUGAUACGCUUCUUGGGGAUAUAUAAUACCGUUAGGGUCAUCCUCUGACCGGAGAUCACGCUUCAAACCCAAGACGAUAAUGGGUAGACUGUCGACGCGUGAAAAGGCGCCUUUGACCUCGUUGAUCCACUGACAGCAGGCAUAAUUAGCUGGUGGAUGGGAAGAAGUAGCACUUUUGUAUACUAUACAACUUACAUAGCGUUUCAUGUUGAUCAAA